UAUGUCAAGUUCUAUUGACAUUUCUUAAUUUCGGGUCGAAUUCGUAAUGGUUUUAUUUUUCUCAACAAAAGGCUGAAAAGUGUUAUAAAAUGGAAGUUUUUAAUAAGUUCUACUCGUCGGUGAGCAAUACAGUGUCUCAAUUGUCUGGAGUUUUGCCAGGAAAUCCUGUGACAAGGGAAUUUGAAGCCACACAAUACGUCGCUAGCGCUGGACCUGGUUUGCUCUGGAAGAUAUACAAAGGCUACAAAAAAUCAACUAAACAGGAAGCAUCCAUUUUUGUAUUUGAAAAGAAACAACUGGACAGAUGGCAGAAAGGGGACAGGGAUAUUAUGUUGGAAACUUUGAAACGAGGAAUCACCCAAUUGACAAAGCUACGGCAUCCCCAAAUAUUAACUGUACAGCACAGCAUCGAGGAAAGCAGAGAGAGUUUAGCAUUUGCCACAGAGCCUGUGUUUGCAAGUCUCGCAAACAUACUGGGAAACACAGAAAACAUGCCCCAGCCCACUCCCACACACUUGGUAAAUUACAAACUCUAUGAAUUGGAAAUCAAAUAUGGACUAAUGCAGAUUGCAGAAGGUCUAGCCUUCUUACACAACGAUGUUAAAUUACUUCAUCGCAACAUUUGUCCAGAAUCUAUUAUUGUGAACCAGCAGGGUGCUUGGAAGAUAUUCGGUUUUGACUUCUGCAUUGCAAAUCAGAGUUCAUCUGGUUCUGCACCGUUUUGGCCGUUCACAGAGUACUGCCAGGCUAUGCAUCCAUUGACACAACCAAUACUAGAUUACUUAGCCCCAGAGUACAUUCUAUCUGCAUCCCAUUCUCCGACUAGUGAUAUUUAUUCCCUAGGGAUGGUUAUAUAUGCUGUACAUAGCACAGGACAUGCAACUUUAGGGAAUAUUGGUACAGACUACAUGAAAUUUAAAAGAUUUGUGAAUGAAAUUCGGAGUCUUCCAGCAUCUCGGUUAGCUUGUGUGGCAGAGGGGUUGAGAGAUUACGUCAAAUUAAUGUUAAAUGUUACACCAGAAUUAAGGCCUGAUCCACAUCAGUUUGUGAAGAUACCUUAUUUUGAAGAUGUUGGUGUAAAAACCCUCAACUACUUAGACUCGUUAUUCCAAUGGGAUAAUUUACAAAAAUCUCAAUUUUACAAAGGUCUACCACAGAUCAUCCAGAAAAUGCCCCAACGAAUAUGCAUAUAUCGCAUACUCCCCUGCCUCACAAAAGAGUUCAUUAAUCCACCAAUGGUACCAUUUGUGUUACCAAAUGUUCUUCUAAUAGCUGAAAACUGUUCUAAAGAGGAAUAUGUUAAGUACAUACUCCCAGUUUUAAAACCGGUAAUGUUGAUACAAGAUCCGAUACAGAUUUUGUUAAUAUUUAUGCAGAAAAUGGAACUGUUAUUAAAACUAACUCCUGGUGAAGAAGUGAAGACUGAUAUAUUGCCAAUGUUGUAUCGGGCUUUGGAGUCUGACGCUCAACAAAUUCAGGAGUUGUGCUUGUCUGUUUUGCCAACAUUUGCCUCUCUCAUAGACUAUCCUGCUAUGAAAAAUGCGCUGCUCCCGCGUAUAAAAAAGUUAUGUAUGAACACAAAUUACAUUUCUGUGCGUGUGAACUGUUUGCUGUGUUUGGGCAAAUUGUUGGAGCAUUUGGACAAAUGGUUGGUGCUUGACGAGAUUAUACCGUUUUUACCGCAAAUACCGUCGAGGGAGCCCGCGGUCUUAAUGGGGAUUUUAGGUAUAUACAAGCUAGCCCUCGGCCACAAGAAGCUGGGAAUCACAAAAGAGGUGCUCGCGACGAAGGUGCUGCCGUUCCUGAUCCCGCUAUGCGUGGAAAACGGCCUCACGCUAAACCAAUUUAACGCACUGGUGACGCUCGUCAAGCAGAUGGUGUCCAAGGUAGAGACCGAGCACAGGGCCAAGUUGGAGCAGCUGAACUCAAUACAGAAUGAGUCUAAAGUAAUGGAACACGCAUUAUCAACGACAUCAGACACGUUGGUACCGGCGCCGCAGCCACAAACGGACAUAGACAAGAUGUUUACCGGGCUGGGCAUAGACACAUUCUCAUUCAACAACACCAAGCCAGAGAAACCAGAACCCAUUGUACCGAAUAUGGCGGAUGUACCGGGUUCGAUGACUAUUGAGGAGAAACAGAGGAUAGCACAACAGCAAGAGACAGUAAAGAGGUUCACUCAGCAACCGCCUCCUAUGCCAAUCGCAGCACCUCCGAAGCCAACUCACAGGGCCGUGGACCUCACAUCCUCCCUCCUCCAGACAAACCUCUCACAACUGUCCACACAGAAGUAUCCACAAAGCACACAAAACAUCACCUCACCCAAUUACCACCCACCAUUAAUGGGUAACAUGACCCAUAACGCGAUGUUGCCAGCUCCUACACGCCCACAAAACUCAGGUUCUUUCGUCUACCAAAGUCAAAACACGUCAAACUUUGACAACCAGUUGGCACUAAUGCCAGGGUGGUCAGCCUCAAACCCAAAUUUCAACAACAAAUGGUCCAACAACCAAACCCAAAAUCAAAAGGUAAAACAGGAUUGGUCAGCGUUCGAAUCUCUAUUACCUACUCAGAGUACGUCAAAUAAUAAUGUUAAAAAACUCAGUGAUAGUGAGAUGAUGGAUUUAUUGAAUUAGUUUAGGAGUGAAACAGGUUUUGAAUGUUCUUGUAAUGUGCUGCUGGACUUGAAACGUCUUGAUUGUAUUAUUUCUUCCGAAUUAUUUUGUAGUCACUACAAUCAUAUUUUUGUACUCUUGUGUGCUUAAUAAUAGUCAUUUUCAAAUAGAAGAUGGGUCAAUUAAAUCAUGGAGGAAAGAGUUAAAAGGAUUUUGGUCCUUACAAAUAUCGCAAUUUGCUAAAGUAAUCAGCAUGAAGCAAGUGCCUAAUCUAUCUCAUAAUCUCAAAAGUAAAUAAUUUGUAGAUGGGCUCAAACUGAAUUGCUUAUAAUAUUUUCCUUUUACAAGAUGAAAUAAUAAGCAUUUAGUUCGGUUAUUUUAAUCCAUUGAUUGUUCGAAUUGAAUAUUUAAUUCGUUUCAUUAAUUCUGUAGAUAUUAAACAGAUAUAUCUAUGUAUAUGAGAAUAGGUUUGGUUGCAGCUCGUACAAAGUCAUAAGUAGGUUCUUAUGAGUGAGUGUACAUUGUACGGUGACUAUGUGCUUACCGGAAUUGCAAGAAAUUCCUCUGAAUCCACUUAAAUGUUGCUGAUAUUACGCUUUCUUUUUUUUUAUUAUCAGUGGUUAUCAGUAUUUAUUUUUAAUUUCAAAGCUAAUUGCAUUCCUCUUUCCUUAAAUUUAAGAUUCUCCCAACCGCCAAUAUUAUUGAACAUGCGACUUCGACUUAUUUUUAUUUAACGCCAUUGUGCUGUUUUGUUGUUUAUUAGCUGGUUUGACUGUCCUUUAUGUUAAGGGGAGGUUAUAAAGGUAUAAAAAUACUGAUAUGUUGAAAUGAAUUGAACGGCUGAUAAAAAUGGAAGAUCAAACUUACAAUUUUGUUUUAUAUAAUGUAACGCUUAAAGCUUAUAAGACUAGUUAUACAUUCCUAUUUAAUUAUAGUAUUUAUUGUACGAAGGUACAUAUAAUAAUUUCAAUAAGUUUUUUAUUUGAGACUAUCCAUCUCGGGGGAGUCUUGAUACUUGAGAGUUCCACAAUUAUGUUGAGGCAUCCAUGGCAGAUUAGACUGAAUAGAUUCCUCUGAUACUUUACAUGUUGCUGGACUACGGAGACCACUUUUUUUUUGUGGUGCCACCGUGAUUAUCACCGUACGGUACCCUGCGAAUGAUGUACAGGUGAUCCCCUGGCUAAGCAACCAUGGCAGUCCCUAGAGGAAUGGGGAAGGGAUAGCUGGGAAGGAAGUGUGGGGGUAAGGAAAAGGAACUAUAUUAGAAUGGGCGAAGGGGAGAAGGAAGGAAGAUCUUCGCGAGCCUUUAUAGACCUCAAUGUGAAUUUGGCAACCAAGAGGCAUACACGCUUAACCUAGAGCCGCGACAAAUAUCCCCCCGUGCAGGGGAGUGCAUUCGUGUGGAGAGUGGAGACCGACCGCACAUGAAUAGCCUCGUGCGGGUACGGAGAUCACUCACCAUCAAGCCAUCUACUUCCUUAUUUGCCCUCUUUAAUAGAAAAAAUGGGUGGGGUCAGAACUAUUACUGACGCUCUUGGGUUAGUUAAUUAUUUGUUACAGGUGAGAAAAGGUAAAUGACAGUUUUUGUUGAUUAUUACUUUAAAAUGUACAAACUUCUAUUUGGGUUUUCUUGCUCGUCGUGGGAUGCGACAACAUAUCAUUUGCUUUAAUUACAGCAUAGUAUGAAUUGA